UGUCGUGUGAGUUUGCACGGAGUGGCCAUGGAUUAUUAGCGGCGGAAUACCAUCAACCAGUCAAGACGGCGGGCUCGGCGUCUCUCCUGUCCGCAUGGAGGCACGAGUUGUACUUUCUUGACACCUCCUACGAGAAGGCGUGCCGCCGCGGCAGCGCUCCUGCUACUCCAGUGCUCGGCGGGCGGGGCCUGGAACUCACGCCCUCCAGGAUAGUGAACUUCUUCUCCAAGAGGUCUUUCCGCGCCAACCCGCUCAAGCGCACCAAGAGCGUCACCAAGCUGGAGAGGAAGCGCGUGCUUGAUGCGGACGGAGUCGGGGGCCCUCCGCGGCUGCGCACGUCCCGCUCGCACGAGUCGCUGCUGUCCAGCCAGAGCAUCAUGCAGACCCUGGACCUGUCGGCGGGGACCUGCGGCGGCGUGGAGAUCAAGCCGCUGCACCCGUCCGUGCUCGGGCGCGAGCACUGCUUCCAGGUGACGCUGGCCGCGGGCACGCCGCGCUACUUCUCGUGCCGCUCGGCCGACGAGCGCGACAAGUGGGUGUACAGCCUGCGGCGGUCCGUGCAGCCCGACCAGGAGCACAUGCGGCGCACCGACAACUCCCUCAAGAUCUGGGUGCUGGAGGCCAAGGGAGUGGCCAACAAAAAGAGGUACUUUGCAGAGCUUUGUCUCGACAAGACUCUAUAUGCCCGAACCUCAUCGAAACAGAAAGGAGACAUGUGCUUUUGGGGUGAACACUUCGAUUUCCACAACCUUCCCUCUGUGAAUGUGAUCAACAUCAACCUCUACCGUGAAGCUGAUCGGAAAAAGAAACGUGACAAGAAUGUUCUUGUUGGGAGUGUCAGCAUACCAGUGCAUGAAGUUACAUCGCGGUACCUAACAGAAAAAUGGUAUCCAGUUAUUUCUGAAAAAGUUGUUACAAAAGACCCUCCGGCAUUGAGAGUUAAAUGCCGUUUCCAAACUGUUGAAAUUCUCCCAAUUCAAGUUUAUCAAGAAUUUAUUCAGUACUUAAAGUCGGACUACAAACCCCUUUGUGAGGUCCUGGAACCAGUGAUAGGUGUCAAAGCGAAGGAGGACAUAGCCACUGCAUUGGUCCAUGUCAUGCAAAGGGAAGGACUAGCCAAACAAUUUCUGGCUGACAUUGUCAUGAUGGAUAUUGAUAGAGUUGAUGAUUCUCGCCUAACUUUUCGAGGAAAUUCUCUGGCUACAAAGUCUAUGGAGGCUUACUUAAAACUAACUGGUGACCGAUAUUUGCAAGAAACACUUAAUGAACUUGUUACUACUGUUCUGACUGCUGGCCAUGACUGUGAAGUUGAUCCAUUGAAAGUGGCUUCUGUGUCUGCUCUUCAGAGACAACAACAAAAUUUAAGAACAGCUGUAGAAAUGGCCUGGUCAAAAAUAUUGGAGAGCCAUGCAAUAUUUCCUUUGGAACUCCGUGAGUGUUUCCACAUGUUCCGUCAGAGACUAGCUGGAAUGGGGCGAGAAGAUGUAGGCCAGCAUUUGAUCUCUGCUUCACUAUUUUUGAGAUUUUUGUGCCCAGCGAUCUUGUCCCCAAGCUUAUUUAACAUAACCCAUGAGUACCCUAAUGAAAAGGGGGCAAGAAACUUGACUCUUGUUGCAAAAACUCUUCAAACCCUUGCUAACUUCACAAGGUUCCAAGGCAAGGAAAACUUUAUGGAAUUUAUGAAUGAUUUUCUUGAGAGAGAGGCGCAAGCAAUGAAUGACUUUCUGAAGCUCAUAUCUAGUCCUGUUCCAAAGGAGUAUCAACCUCAUCUGCAUCUGCAAGAGUUUGACGGCUACAUAGAUCUUGGAAAACAAAUGAGCAUUCUUCAUUCUCUGCUAUCAGAGUGUGUUAGCAAAGUCGCUCCAGGUCGCUUAGCUGAAUUGGACAGACUUAAUAGGAUUUUGGAUAGAGUUGGAUUAGCUCUUUCACAGCCUGCUGGUCUUAUAAGACAGCAUGAACCAAUUCACAACACACCAUCAUCUUAUCAAUCAUUGCAAAGGAAUAUUUUCAGGUUUAAUGACCCAACUGUUAAUGGAACUGUAAAUGGAGGAAGUCCAUUGCCUAGCCACUCUCAUCAGAAUGGUAACGCUAAUAAUGCCAACAAUCACCUCAGCGUGACCGUUGCCUCUCGUUCCCCAGCCAUGACAAGGGCCUCUACAUUGCCAAGAAAUGCUUUCAGCCCUAGCGAAGAGAGUAGCACUGCAUUCAAUCGGAGGAGUCCUACAAGACUACACCAGUGUGGCACUCAGUGCUUGCAAAAUCAGCGAGGAGCCCGUCUUGCAAGUUCAGUUUCACACAACCUGAAUGUAAAUAUAAACGGCAAUAGCAAUUUAGAUGAACUUUCAGAACUGCUCACCUAUGCAGAUGCAGAAUCUGAUGCUAAUGCCAACAAUCACAAAGGAAGUCAAGUUUCCAUCUCACAGCUAUCAAAUGUUGCUUCAUCUGGAUAUCAAAGUUUUGCUUACUGCAGUCAAAGCUCCAGCCCUGUCGACCUUUCUGUAGCUAAUAAUAAUGCCAACAACUCUUCCUCAUCUCCAAACAAUAAUCUUAAUAAUUCUGGUAGCAACAACAUUAAUGGGAACAGUACAAAUGCUGCUCUGGCAUUUAACAACCCAGUUUACCACCUCCAGCACAAUCAUGCAAUGCAGGUAAACGGACUUCCCACAACUGUCAAUGGAAUUCACAAUUCUCUUAGUUCUGCCUCCCGCCAUCACAAGAGAAGGCAACGAUCAUGCAGCACAUCUUCUGAAGAAAAUAUAAAUGACAAUCGGAACGGAAGUGCUGCUAGUAGUGGAAGUAACGGAUUAGGAAACAACGGAAUUGACUUGUCUCCAUCCACUCCAUCGACUCCUACGCCUCCACUCUCCCGGAGGUUUCCUCCAGGGUUGCGUGCCCCCCGUACCAAUCCGCAGUGUCCAACUCGCACCAACUGGCGGGCAGUUGCAACCAGUCAACAGCAACUCUCUCCACAGUCUCAAACCAGGCAAUACGCGUCAGAUGAUGUCUGCCCCAAACUGCGUCGACGUUUGUCAUCAGAAUCCACUAGAGACCUCUCUGAUUCCUCUGAUGAUGAGAGUAUUAGCAGAAGAACCAAUAGUAAACUAAGAAACCAUCGGAAUAUAGACCAAUAUGAAAGAGAGAUAGAAAGACUACAAUCAAGUGUGGAACUUCUAAAACUUAAACUAGAGCAAGCUGAGCACCAACUGUCAUCUGGCAACAACACUCCAGAACCAGACAGGGGAAGAGAUCGAAACCUAGAGAGGCGGGACAGAGAUGUUGAUGUGACUACUUCAGAGGACAACAUGAAAAAUAUAAUUGCUAGACUUAUGUCGGUAGAAGAAGAACUACGACGUGAGCAACAGAAGAUGUCAGAUGCCCUGUCACAUAAACAACGUGUAAUAGAAGCUCAAGAACAUCAAAUUGCAGCAUUGGAUGCUGCUAAUAACCGUCUUUUGUCAGCACUUGCCACUUUAAAGGAUAGAUACGCCAAACAAAGUGGCAGUUCUGCUAACAGUGAAACUGGUAGUCCUCUGCACUCAACCAACAAUUCAACACAUGUACCUGUAAAUGGCCAGCACAAUGGACACACACAAGCCCAGCGUCUUCUUGCAGAGUUGAGUGAAUUGAAAAGUUCGUCAUGUUAAACCAUUGUUAUCAUUAUACCACACCACAUACUCAUACGUUGGUCCCCACCAUGUUCUUACUAGUUUUCUACUACCUCCAUACAUCAUUACAUGUACAUUCUCAUUUGAAACUUUGGUCUAUAGAAUAGAGAUCAGAAAUUACAAUUGUGCCAUUCUAUGAACUUAGAGGGCUGUCUACAGUUUAGAAAGAGUGGUUUGAAUUCCCAAUGUUAAGCAUAUUAUAAUUGCACAAAGAUUCCUAAAAUUGAUACUUGCCAGUCACUUCUUUGUUAAUAGGUUUUAAAACUCUCUAACGAAGACUGCAUCGGUUCCCCAGUAGCGCCCCAGUAGCAUUUUUGUGGUUAAAAUUUGUUUCCUAGUAUGCGUGUACCUCAUCAAUGCGCAUUUACUUGGCACUUUAGUGCCUUUAUGGUUGUUUAACAAAUUUUGUCGCAAUCUGAGUUUCCAUUAAUAUUCAAUAGUUGAUAUACCAUGAAUUGCUGGCAUUCAUAUGUGACAUAUGCAUUGAAUUAAAUUGCUGUGUAUUAUAGUUUCACUGAAAAUUACAGUGUCAUGAUUGUUUUGACCAUCUAUUGCACUAAUAUGAUGUAUCAAAAAUGAGUACCUAUUUUCCAACUUUUCUCUUUGAUAAAAUGAUAGUUGGUUUGGAACACAUGGGGACAGGAUGUGUAGAGUAUAAGAUUACAAACCACUUACCAGUAUUGAUUAUGUAGUUAAUAUUACUUAAGUGUAUAUUUAUUGAGUGUGAUUGAAAAUGUUUUUCCAUUCAUGCGCCUUACCAAAGAUUUUAUUUCAUUCUCUAAGAUUUGAUAUCAUCUUUUUUUUACAUAUUUCUCAUAUUGUGAGCACUAGUUAGGUACUUUGAUAUUUCCUUAAAGAACCAUUUGAACUUGUUAUUAUAUACAGAAACAUUGGAUGAUAUCUGAACUUAGGUAAUGAGACUGUCUUGAUAUUUCACUAUUCUAGUGACCUUUUUUUUUACUCUGUAGUCUUGAUUAAUUUAUGUGAGCUUUGAAAUGUGCUAUUUGAAUGAAAUUCAUAACAAAGUAGAUUAUGGGGGAGUGAUAUCUUUUAAGUAUGAGGCAGUUUUUAUAAAAAUAAGUUUCAAAGAACUCAUGAGAUCUGUAUAUGUGCCGUUUCCUGCACUUUAGCCUUUACAAAUUUGCAGUGCAUGGCUUCUUGUUAGAUAUACAAAAAAAAAAAACAACUCUGAAAUAGUUGUCAGUGUUUUAUGGUAAAAAUACAGAUUUAGUACAUUUCAGUUUGCAAUGGUCUUGACUUGUCAUAAUAAUAAGAGUGUAAAUUUGUCUUUGUGUAAAUGGAAUUAUUUUAAUGUGAGCAUUUUAAGAACGUGUCACAUAAACGGCAGUCUUCCCAGUGCCACUUGAAAUUUACUCUUCUUCUCUUCUCGCUCCACCUUUUGUUUCUCUACAUUUUUUUAUUGUUGAACGAAAUCUCCAUAUAUUUAUGGCUUGUUUUAUUUUAUAGCUUUAUUUUAUUGCAUUUGUAUGAGUUGUGAUGUUGUGUUAACAGUUUUCAUCUCUCUCUUGUAUAACUUACAAGCAAUUGUACAAGUCUAUGUUCUUAUUUGUUGAUACAUGUUUAUCGCACAUAUUCUUUCACUUUGUGUAUAGUAUAGUCUAUUUCAGUUCCAGUCUCCAAUGUAAAUGCAAUAGUUUAGAUUGUAUUUAUAUUUACAAAAAUACACAUCAAUUACAUCCUA